AUGCCUGCCGUGGCCGCAAAGCCGUCGAAGAACCAGCAAAGAAGAGCGAAGAAGAAGGCGAAAAAGGCUGAGGAGCAAUCCAGAAGUAACACUGAGACACCAACGACUCAAGCCGAAGAGCCUGCUGCUGUCACAAAUACCACGAAAACUGAGAGCAAGCCAGACAAUUCAAAACAAAAUGACGAACUCGACUAUGCUUCAACUAUGUUCGCGCCAGCUGAAGCCGACAAUGAGCUGUUUCAGUUAUAUCAGGAUGUGAUGGGGAAGUUCGAGCAAAGCGAAGCCGAAGACUCGACCGUUAAGAAGUCCGAUAAACCUGAGAUAUACUUUGAUGAAGAUGACAUUCCAGAUGAGGAGGAAGAGGAUAAUGCGGAAACCAAAAUCUCGAAGAAGAAGCGGAAGCAGAUGAAUAAACUCUCUGUUGCUGAGUUGAAGGCUAUGGUUCGAAAACCUGAGGCUGUGGAGUGGACAGACGCCGAUGCCUCAGAUCCGAAGCUUCUAGUCCAUAUCAAGACUUAUCGCAAUGUUGUCCCUGUGCCAGGCCAUUGGUCAUUAAAACGCGAAUACUUGUCUUCGAAGAGAGGAAUUGAGAAGGCCGCAUUUCAACUCCCCAAAUUCAUCCAGGAAACGGGUAUUGCUGAAAUGAGAGAUGCAGUUUUAGAAAAGCAGGACCAACAGACUCUUAAACAAAAACAGCGUGAGAGAGUACAGCCUAAGAUGGGGAAACUCGACAUCGAUUAUCAGAAACUUUACGAAGCGUUUUUUCGAUUCCAGACGAAGCCGGAGCUGACAAGAUAUGGUGAGGUUUACUAUGAAGGAAAGGAAUUUGAGACAAACUUGAAGCAUCUCCGACCCGGAGAACUCAGUGAUGAGUUAAAGGAAGCGCUAAAUAUACCCCCGGGAGCUCCACCACCUUGGCUAAUUAACCAGCAACGAUUUGGCCCUCCACCGUCAUACCCUGCGAUUAAAAUACCUGGUCUCAAUGCCCCGCCACCUCCAGGUGCAAUGUGGGGUUACCAUCCCGGAGGAUACGGGAAACCUCCAGUUGAUGAACACAACAGACCUCUGUAUGGUGGUGAUAUCUUUGGCGUGUUACAAACCCAGCAAAACGUACAGCAAGGAGAGCCUGUCGAGAAGGAUUUAUGGGGAGAGCUUCAACCACCAGAAGAGGAGGAAGAAGAAGAGGAGAGUGAAGAAGAAGAUGACGAGGACGAGGAUGAAGAAGAUGUUGGUGCAGGGUUACAAACGCCAAGUGGUCUGGAGACUCCAAGUGGCAUGAUUUCAUCUAUACCCUCCGAGUACGGAGAUACACAGAGCAUUGCCGGUGAAUUUGAUGUUCGGAAACACCAUAGGGGCACCGAAACAGAAGAGUCGUCGCAGCCACGCUCAGCGUACCAAGUCAUUCCCGAACGUGAGACUCAAGUCAAAGGAUUCUUUGGGGGCGACAGGGUUUACGAUCUCAAAGGAACCACAGCCAAUCUUCCAGUUCUUGGAGAAGAGGAUGAGAACCGAAAGAGAAAGAGACCUGGUGAUGUUGAUGUAGCCGUGGAUCCUGAAGCUCUAGAGGGACAUGGGCUGGACAAGGAGAGCCUAAAGAACCUUUACAAUUCACAGAAGAAACAGGAAGAGAACCCGAACUGGUUCCAAGAAGAUCUCAGUGAUAUGAUUGCGAGUGAAAGUCGGAAACGAUUAAAGAAAGACGAAGAGAGGCGAGCUAAACGGUAA